GAUGCGCCUCCAGCCAGGCCCAGGCCUCUCCCCUCUCCCCUUUCUCUCCGGGUCUUCCUUUGCCCCACUCAGGGCCUCCUGUGAGCCCGAUUUAACGGCAACUGUGGGCGGUGAGAAGUUCCUUAUGACACACUAAUCCCAACCUGCUGACUGGACCACGCCUCCAGCGGAGGCAACCUCUAGAGCUCCAGGACAUUCAGGUACCAGGUAGCCCCAAGGAGGAGCUGCCGACCUGGCAGCGAACAACCAAGACUGAGGUUAAAUCACACAGCCUGCAUGUGGAAGAGAAGAACUUGAACCCAGCCCUGACUUCCUGUCCUAGGGAAGGGGCCGACUGGAGAGGCCAGGACAGAGAAAGCAGAUCCCUUCUUUUUCUGAGGACUCUGUGUCUUCCAUAGGCAAUAUGUCAGAAGGGGUGGGCACAUUCCGCAUGGUACCUGAAGAGGAACAGGAGCUCCGUGCCCAACUGGAGCAGCUCACAACCAAGGACCAUGGACCUGUCUUUGGCCCGUGCAGCCAGCUGCCCCGCCACACCUUGCAGAAGGCCAAGGAUGAGCUGAACGAGAGAGAGGAGACCCGGGAGGAGGCAGUGCGAGAGCUGCAGGAGAUGGUGCAGGCGCAGGCGGCCUCGGGGGAGGAGCUGGCCGUGGCCGUGGCGGAGAGGGUGCAAGAGAAGGACAACGGCUUCUUCCUGCGCUUCAUCCGCGCACGGAAGUUCAACGUGGGCCGUGCCUAUGAGCUGCUCAGAGGCUAUGUGAAUUUCCGGCUGCAGUACCCUGAGCUCUUUGACAGCCUGUCCCCAGAGGCUGUCCGCUGCACCAUUGAAGCUGGCUACCCUGGUGUCCUCUCUAGUCGGGACAAGUAUGGCCGAGUGGUCAUGCUCUUCAACAUUGAGAACUGGCAAAGUCAAGAAAUCACCUUUGAUGAGAUCUUGCAGGCAUAUUGCUUCAUCCUGGAGAAGCUGCUGGAGAAUGAGGAAACUCAAAUUAAUGGCUUCUGCAUCAUUGAGAACUUCAAGGGCUUUACCAUGCAGCAGGCUGCUAGUCUCCGGACUUCAGAUCUCAGGAAGAUGGUGGACAUGCUCCAGGAUUCCUUCCCAGCCCGGUUCAAAGCCAUCCACUUCAUCCACCAGCCAUGGUACUUCACCACGACCUACAAUGUGGUCAAGCCCUUCUUGAAGAGCAAGCUGCUUGAGAGGGUCUUUGUCCAUGGGGAUGACCUCUCUGGUUUCUACCAGGAGAUUGAUGAGAACAUCCUGCCCUCUGACUUCGGGGGCACGCUGCCCAAGUAUGAUGGCAAGGCUGUUGCUGAGCAGCUCUUUGGCCCCCGGGCCCAAGCUGAGAACACAGCCUUCUGAAAACAUCUCCUGCCAGCUGAACUGUAGUUAGAAUCCCUGGGCCUCUCCUCAACUGUCCUGGACCCAAGGCUAGGAAAGGGCUGCUUGAGAUGACUGUGGUCCCCCCUUAGACUCCCUAAGCCCGAGUGAGCUCAGGUGUCACCCUGUUCUCAAGUUGGGGGAUGGGGAAUAAAGGAGGGGGAAUUCCCUUUAACAAGAAGAACUGGGGAUAGUUAUAUUUCCACCUGCCCUUGAAGCUUUAAGACAGUGAUUUUUGUGUGAGGUUGUAUUUCAAAGACUCGAAUUCAUUUUCUCAAUCAUUUCCUUUGUAACAGAGUUUUACGACUUAGAGUCUGUGAAAACAGGCAAGGAGCCUGGGUUAAAAUAUCCCCCUACUCUCCCCAAAAAUGCAAUAAAAGAAGAUAAAAGAGAGAGGA